AACAUGCUAUUCCGUGCCAGUGCCAAUGCAGUGUUGAGGACGAUUUCUUCCACAAAAAAAAAAGAAAUGGUGUGCUGAUUGUGAUUUGAUUAUAAAUAAUAAGAAACUACAAGUAAACGAACGCGUUUAAAACGAUUUGAUUGCAACGAACAAGAAGUAAAUUAAAGGCCUUUUUAACUACCGAUUCCUGCACGCUGUUAAUUGUUUUAACUAUAGUUUAUAUGUAUGAUUGUGUGCAUGUGUGAAUUCGAUUGUGUGCGUGCGUGUGUGUGUGUGUGUACAAGUGUGUGUUUGCCUGCGAGUUUCUCAGUCGAUUCGCGAAAUUGAGAAUAGAAAGAUGGUGCUCGCUAAAUUGUAAGCGUGAAAUAAGUCAUAUAUAAAUAUACCAAAAAUAAAAAAACAAUUUUUUUUUGGCAAAAAGUGGCUACCAAAAUUCCAAUUAACAGUGGGAAUCAAACGCAAAUUCAAAAUGCAUCCCUCACCGCUGCACUACUCAACGAUGAGGCCACAGGCGCCGGCGUCUAUGGUGCGAGAUUGCAAAAAGGAUGAGCUACGCUCUGCCCCCUGGUAUUGGGGCAGCAUAACCCGCGAGCAGGCUAAAUCCAUAUUGUUUGGCCAACCGGACGGCAGUUUUCUGGUGCGAGAUGCGCAGGCAAAGAAGGGCGAAUACACAUUGACCCUGAUGAAGGAUGGCAACGAGAAGCUAAUCAAAAUUUGCCAAAUGAAUGACAAUUACGGUUUUGUCGAAAACUUUCAAUUCAGUUCGGUUGUGGACAUGAUAAACCAUUAUACGACCAAUUCCCUCAAGAUGUACAACAAAACGCUGGACAUAACGCUCAGCUAUCCGAUGGUCUGCCCCUUCUAUGAUGAGGCACAGCCGCAGGGUGAUUUACGUGUGCUGAGCGAACAAUUCAUCCGCUGCUCCCAGUUGCUGUUGCAACAGGAACAGGCGCUUGACCAAAAGAAGACCGCAUUCAAUGCCAUACGCGAGGAGCUGGCCGAAAGGAAGCUGCAGCAACGUGUUUUUGGCAAUGCGGAGAACAUGUUCUUCCGGCAAAUAGCGUUAAUUGAAUCGUAUAUGAUCAAGCCGCCGGUGAAUGCAAGCAGCGGCUCGAGUCCAGCAGCCGGAACGGGCGGCGUUGGCACAUGUUCGCGGCAGGAUGUGCAACAGCAUAUGCAUGAGAAUUUGAUGCACAUGAAGGAGCAUCUGAAGGUGAUGCACGCCAAAAUGGAGCGACUCAAUCAGGACAUUAAGGCGCGCAAAGAGGAGGAACAACUGCUGGAGCGUCAGAUCAAUGCCAGCAAGCCGGAGCUACAGGAAUUGCAGUUACGCAAGGACAAGCACAUUGAGCGUCUGAAAGGCUUUGGUCUAACCGAGGACGAUCUGAACGUUUUACUGGAGAUGGGCUUCGAUGAGCUGCAGCAGAACUAUGAGAAGGCCUCGAAUCAGCCGCAUCGCAACGAAUCGCUGUGGCUCAUUAAGGAUGCCAAACGGCACGAUGCCGAGGAGCUGCUAAAGGGUGCACCGACGGGCACAUUCCUGAUACGAGCCCGCGACGUGGGCCACUAUGCGCUGUCGAUUGUCUGCAAGGCGGGCAUCCAUCACUGCAUCAUCUACGAGACGGAAAGCGGCCUGGGCUUUGCGGCGCCCUACAACAUAUAUCCCUCGCUCAAGAAACUGGUCGAGCACUAUGCCACCAAUUCGCUGGAGGAGCACAACGAUACGCUGACGACAGUCUUGCGCAUCCCGGUCCUCUAUUGGACGCAAAACAAACAGCACAUAUUAGAGCAGCUGCAGGAGGAGCUAGAGCUGGAGCAGGAACAGGAGCGUCUGGCACAACAGCAGACGACAACAUUGAUGCCGCCGCCGGCGAGCAGUGCGCCCAUACCCACAACCAGAUCGAGGGAGCACAGCGGCCACGAUGCCGCUGUCGAUGCGUCGCUCAGCAGCGAAACGGAAACGCCGCCCGCUUCCAUAUCGCCAUCAAAUUUUAGCACAUCGCAAUAGGCGAUGCCUGGAACACAAUCUCCUCCCUCCCCCAACCCCCUGCUAAACUGUCCAAUCGAAAGGCCGAGCUACUAACUCUCAUAGGUAGCCCUGGUCCGCCCACAUUUAAAUCUAUCUCUCUUAACUAUGAUAAUAUUUAAUAUGAAGAAAAACAAAAAAUAUUUUGUGUGUGUGAUGGCCGCAGUUUAACUGCGUCGGCAAACUGCAAGCGAAACAAGUAAUUUGGUGAUCCAUGUUGAUGUUGUCUAUUAUCCAUAUAUAUCCAUAUAUAUAUAAGUAUAUAUAUAUAUACAGGCAUGCCCAACUAUAUCUCUAUAUAUAUGUGUAUAUUUUCGUUUGUUUUCUUUGUAACAAUGCAUUUCGCUUGAUACGAGUGAUAAAAGGUCAAGCCAAGUGCUAUGUAAAUUGAAGGUGGUCUAAGCCACAUCAGCUGUAUAUACAUAUAGAUCUAUAUUUAUCUAUAUAUUUAUAUAUAUAUAUAUGUAUAUUAUUAAAUCGGUGUAGCUCGCACGCUGCGCGUUUUCGAGUAAUUGCCAAUUGAACAGCUUAAAAAAACUAAAUACAACAUUGUCGUGUGUUUACUGUAAAUAUACCACUAAUAUAUAUAUAUAUAUAUAUAUAUAUAUAAUUACAUAUAUAUAUAUAUGUAGUUCUUAUGAAAUCGGGUCGAUCGUUUGGCUGAUUUUGAUAAUACAGCAGCGAUAAAUUGAGAGAGUAACAAUUCGACCACCAAAUUAUUUGUUGUUAUUAAAAAGAGUCUUUAUUGAUUUUGAAUUAGUUUUUAAGCACAAUUUAUAAAAUACGUACGUUUAACCCGAUCAGUGAUCAGUGAUCAGUGAUCGGUGAUCGGUGAUCAGUGAUCAGUGAUCAGUGAUAAGUGAUCAGUUGUCUGUUGCUACUUGAUAUCAUGAACAUAAUUUCUUUUGUAAAACAUCUAGAGUUCUUUAUACAUCUAUAUAUUAUCUAAUUUUUGUGUUUAGUUUUUCUACACGUUUUUUAAGUCUAUAGACAGCAUACCUUAACACACACACACACACACACACACACACACACACACACACACGUACACAGCAACAAAAACAAAAAGUGCAAUCGGCAAACGAAACAAAAGAAGAAAAAAAACUUUUUACAUUUGUUAUUUAUACAAUUAAAAAAGAAAAAACAUGGUCAUACAAAAAAAAAAUGCUCCAUAAAAAGACAAAAAAGAAAAAAAGGUAAAAGAGCUAAAAGAAGAAAAACCCGUCAACGGAAUCUGCUGCAAUAUGCAAAAACAAAAAGAAGCUUCAGUUCGUAAUUUAUAUAUACACACACACACACACACACACAUAUAUAUAUAUAUAUAUAUAUAACUAUAAACAUA